UUAAAGAAUUUUAAAAUCCUAUACUCAUAACUUCUUUAGAACGUUGUAAAUUGUUUAAAACACGAUCAGAAUAUUUGGAUAUUAUGUGCUUAAUGUGUUUCGUCUUUCCCCACCAUACUAUACACAUUACAGUGUUUUGAAAUCAGAAUACCAUUCCCUACUUAGUAAGGUUUUACGUCACCAAGCUCAUCUGUUACGUAACACGUCUUGUUGUGACGUAUAUAGGUGAAGACAUAUGUGUCAGUUGACCUAGUUACCAGCGAAAUACAGCAGCACAACAAAAUCGCCGAUACAAAACUCCAAUAGACACUUAUUCCACCGCAGACUCUAACUAUGCAAUUUGCUUUAGUUGUAAACAGUAAACGGUGUGCUUCGGACCAAUUUAAUGUCGUUAUAGUUCGGUUUGAGAAUUUUAUGGGAAAAUGUCUGCAGACUUAGCUGACUGGCAGGUUUAUUAAAUUUUGUAAACAUGUACAAUGUAUAUUAGUGUCAUGACCAUUUUUUAGACCGUUUUGCAGAAAAGUUGACGUAUUUCGCAUUGUGUACUGUAAAAAGGUUUACAAACACGGUGGUAAAAUUGUUUUAAUUAUCAUUUUAAAUACAAAAGGACAGAUUUCUAUCAGUAAAAGUUUAUUUUAGAAACGUGGCUGCAUUUUUCUAAUCCGUUGACCAUAAAUUAAACUAUGGCAAGUCAUAUAUGUGAAUAAGGCGUUUCUGGAAUAUGGUGUACAUACGUACGUAUAUACCUACGUAGAUAUUUCAAACAAAUAAACCGCCUUAAGUGAGCCAUAAAAUUUACGAUUCGAGUUUUAUUAUCCGCCCAGGAAAGCAUUACUAUACUGUUUAGACAAUUUAUCUUUUCCCACCGCAGUUUUAACUUUCUCUUUUCCUCCUAUUUAUUUCUUUAUAGUCUUUCUUUUUUAUCUUCAAUUCGUCUUUGGUAUGAAGGUCUAAUUUCAACAAAUUGUUAAAAUGUUCAACCGACGGUCCAGCUUGGACGAUAGCUCGCUAGAGAGCGCCCUUGAACGUCGCCGCCCCAGACUCUCGAUUGCUCCAAAACAUGACGUCAUUCCCGAGCAUGACGUCAAGCAUAAUGACGUCAUCAGGUCAAGAUCUAGUUUACUGGUACGUCUAAAAUCUGACGACAGUCCGGUGCCAAGUAUAACUGAUGGCGCUGGCGAAUUUUCUUUUAAACCUUCGCCUAGUUAUGUGCCACAAACCGGCGCCACGGAAGCAAAGUGUGGCGUCUUGAAAUCUAAGAGUUUAUACGCCACGCCACGAUCAGGCGCCAUACAAAGAUGCUCCAGUGUCGACUCUCUUCUUUCUCUUGGUCUCCGAAUCCUGGAGGACUCUCUUAAAAAUCCUGCAUCCGGAGAAUGCUCUCCAUCUUCUAACACUGAUUCAAUUAAAGAAGUAGACGAGACACCAUUCGAUAGGGACAGCGAUCAUGACGUCAUAGACUUUGACGUAAGCGGUAACUGUGACGUCAUUACUUCGGACGAAGAAAUUUGUGAAGAAUCUCAAAACAAAAAUUAUAUUUCGGAAGAAGAAAAAUCUUCCAAAAACUUUUCAUCUAAAAGCGACACUCCGCAUAUUAUGACGUCACAGUCCUCAACAUGUACGUCACUGGAUGACGUCGGCGCCACACAAUGCGUUUGCGCGGAAACGCUACGUCAGGUUGCCCUUAGCAACCAAGAGCUCAGAGAAGAGACUCGCCAGUUACGUGAUGACGUUCGGUUUCUUGAGGAGGUCAUGAGAAAGGUCAUCAAACACGUGGGGUAUGGAAAACCCCCGAUCCCAGACGAGAAAUCCGACGCACCCGAAGCCACCAUGCGGUACACGCUUGACAAUCUUAGCUCAGUGACCGAAGAGGCAAUCUUAGAGAAAUUGUUGUACGAGGCUGAAGAGUUUGACGACAGAAGGAAAAUAAGGCGAGCUAUUCGGGAUUUGAGGAAGAAGAAAGCAGAAACUGGCGGAGUUACAAAAGAAAAUACAACCAAGAGUUGGUCGGCAACUAAAACUACGUCAACCACCACCACACGAGCGCUACCUAACGGAUCUCUGAAAACAGAGUAA